GUGGCAAUUGCACGCACCGCCAAAAUAAGAAAGCAUCUGGGCAAGAAAGGACCUGGCUAAGAAAAAGAAUUCAAUCAUUGAGGUAGCACUCCUCGAUCAUUCACUCUACCUCAGAACCACUUUUCCCUACAGAUAAAGCAUUCCUCUUGCCAAAGGUUUCGGUUAGGUAUUAACUAAUCUGGCAAGAGAUUACUUUUUAGAUAUAUCAACGAAAGACAGGAGAAAUAAAAAAGAAAAAUGAUUCCAACACGACAAAAUAAUUGGCAGUUACCGUCGAGGCUUCCUUGGGGUGUCUUUUUGGUUUGGUUAGUGUCUUCUGUGAAGUUAUGUACAUCGGUACGGGCCGACCAAUCUGCAGCGGAGACUGUCAAAGUGGUGAAUGAAUCCGUGGACAGUUCUUCCAAUGUGUGUUACAAUUUUGGAUGUCCCUUUAUACCCCGCGACGUAUUCUAUGACGAAGAUGCCAAGACGGCGUUGCAUCGAUUGAAAGAACCCAUCCGCAAAGUCCACGACGAAGACGAGGGAAAACGAUCCACUACUCUAUUUUUGUCGCAAUUGGAUACAUCAGGCGACCGACAUCGAUCUACCAUGACACUGUGCGGGUACAAGGGUGGGCAGAUUACCUCACAAAUCAAUCAGGAUCGAUCCAUUCUAGUUUCUCCCUUUUUGGGAGAGUUCCAAUUUUUGGGUGUCCUGGAUGGACAUGGUACGGGAGGAGAAUUAGUGGCAGAACAUGCGAGAACGGAAAUUCCCAAACAAUUGGCCGCCAAAUUGGAAGAAUUAUUGCAGCAACAAAACAAUAGCAACGAAAACAAAAACAACAAUCUGAUGAAUUUGGACGAUCCGACCGUCAUUGCCUCUAUGCUCAAGGAAGUCUUUCUCAGUGUCGACCAAUCGGCUCCAUCUCCCAAGUCGGGCGGAUGCACGGCUUCGGUAGCAUUGCAAUUGGGCAGCAAAUUAUUUGUCGCCAAUGCCGGUGAUAGCGUCACACUGGUCGCGGCCCAUCGCGGAUGGAACGAAACCUCGCAAAUAGUCUACAUGUCACGAGAAGACAAGCCUCAUUUGGCCGACGAACAAAUGCGCAUCGAACAAGCCGGUGGAACAGUGCGCAUGCCCGAAUCGUUUGACGAUGGAGAUACAUCGCGUGUCAUUUACAAAGAUCCCGCAUCGGGUCAUGAUGUUGGAUUGGCCAUGAGUCGGAGUAUCGGGGAUUGGGAUGCACCCGGUGUCAUUGCGGAACCCAUUGUGGAUAUUUUGGAUUUAUCAUCUCUGGCAGACAGUGUCAUGGGUGGAAUGGACGAGUAUGGUUGUACGGACAAGGAAUGUGGUCCCCCCAUGGUGAAUUUAUUUGUCGUUUCCGCCACGGAUGGAUUGAUGGAUUUCGUAACGCCGCAAGAGAUUGUCGAUAAAGUUGGCGUGACAUUUUAUGGACAACCGAAUUUGCAAGAUCGAAAAAGUGGGGUGGGUGCUGGUCAUGCGCAUUUGGCAGCAGAAGAACUUAUUUACAGUGCGGCACGAGGGUGGCACGAAGAGAUGCAAGGUUCUUAUCGAGAUGAUAUUACUAUUUCUACCACCAAAAUAUUUCCAUGGGAGAGUUCCUCAUAACAAUAAUCUAAACAGAAAAAAAUGGAAAGAGUCCACAGAGCAAUGCCGAGUUGUUUCAUUUUCGGAAGUUUCUUGCAGUUGUCUGGAAGAAGCAAAAUAGCAUUCAUGUAUGUGGUUGUUUAUGCCAAAUUUUUUUGAAUCCUCUGAACCAACAUCAUGUCUAAUAACCACAAGCUGGCUGAAUGACGAAGCACAACACGAUGGGUUCAACGACAAAGGUUCCAAUGAGCAAAAAGGACAACUUGAUUCGCGAGAACGGCAAGGAAUAGUAAUGACAUGAAUAAAAAGAGCCCCAAGGCACAGGUGUUUCUCUCAAUGAACUGGUAUGAUUUGCCUUUCCCAAAAGGUGAACGUUUGUCUUUUUCGGAUUGACAGCAGCAUUUCGUCGGCUUGGUCGCUUUUGCCCUUAUUUUUUGAUCUUCUCGUGAGAUCAGCAUAAAGCCCAUGAUUACCGGUAGUUUGUGGGGUGGCAUUGGUAGGC